AUGGUGGAGUGGACCUGCAGGGGAGAGGAAGGAGGCCGGCGAGAGUGGGAAGGAUUGGUGGGUUCUCUACUGAUGGUGUUGGAGAUUGCAAGGAUUGUUCAAUCUGGUUUCAGGAGUGUGUGCUGCUCCUAUAAGUUAACUCAGGUACUGAUCGGUGUGGAUUUGCCGCCUCACGAUUUCCCUUACAACCACGACUUCAGUUGGCUUGGGUGUUCAGAUCCGCCACCGCACCGUCUCCCCCAUCCGCAUCGACAGCGACCGUCCUGGCAUCGGCCAGCUGCUGGUGCCAUGGCCAAGAAGCCGCUGCCCAGUAGCAGCGAUGGGUGUCGUCACGCCGUGCUGCGGACGUAUGCACUCAUGACGCGUCUGGCUCAAGGCCUCACCAACCAACAUGCCACAUCUUUGCUUGUAGAUAAGCGCUCCAAUCGCCAUAUUUACAAGACGAACCACUGUGUCAGAAGCACAACAAGCCAUUCGAGUAUAUUCAUCGCCCUAGCAAAGCAAGUCAAUCCGAAAGUUCAAAGGCAAGAAAAUCCAUCUAAAGCCUGGAAAGUACAUUCUCUGUGA